GUGCUCAGCAGUCCACGGACUUCAAAUUGUUAAGAUUUGGUCCUGAGGAAUAGCAAAGCGAGAACAUUCUGCUGCCUGUUGUGAUUCUGUGUAGCAUUAUAUACCUGGGCUACUGCAGUGCACUGUACGGACAGCAGAUUGGAAAAAAACAACCUGGGAUCGAAAUAAUCCCCUAGAGGCUUUGAAAAACAGCGAACUGGAGUGUUCACCUGGAAGAAGCAGCUCAGGGGGACCCGUGGGUGGUCCUCGGACCGCACUUUGGAAACCCUCCAAACCACAGCCUCCCAACUCACGCAGUUUAAACUUGAUGAAAAGAGAAUCCCUCCUGUCUGUGCCUCGACCAGGUCCACUUUGAAGACUCGUUGGAUCGCUGCAUAGGUGGAGCAGACCGAACAGUGCGUGGAAAUACUGUAAGGAAACCAACCCACAGGUGUGUCGGAUGAAAGAACAGGAACCGAUUUGGCCCGCCGGUGCAGCUCGGAUAAUAAGUUUGUGUGAUGGAGUGGCGUGAACAGUCCGCCGUCAGCAGCGACGAAGCCUACUUGGAGGCGCAGAGGUGGAUUGAGGCAGUAACCAAGAAAAAAUUUGGGAGCAACGACUUCCGAUCAGCACUGGAGAAUGGCGUUCUGUUGUGUGAUCUGAUCAACAAGAUCAAGCCUGGUAUUAUCAAGAGGGUUAACAGGCUGCCCACACCUAUAGCCGGACUGGACAACCUAAACGUCUUCCUCAAGGCCUGCGGGAAGCUUGGACUAAAGGAAGCACAGCUCUUUCACCCCGGAGACCUUCAGGACUUAUCCACAAGAGUUACAGUCAAGCAUCAAGAGACCAACAGGAGGCUGAAAAAUGUGUUGAUCACCAUUUACUGGCUGGGUAGAAGAGCUCAGUGUGACCGCUUCUAUGAUGGACCUUACCUGAAUUUUAAGGCAUUCGAGGGAUUAUUGGGCACAGCACUAUACAAGGCUCUGCAGGAAACGUCCAGUCAGAAAGGCAGCAACGUCAGGGACAGCGGUUUUGGAGAUAGCUGGUACUCAGAGCGAGAGGAACUCUACCAUCAGAGAGGAGGAGGAGGAGGAGGAGGAGGAGGCGGAGGCGGACACAAGAGAGACGACUCCCUGGACAGCUUGGACUCUUUGGGCUCUCGACCCCACAGCAUCUCAUCUGACACCACUCUUAAAGGCAGCAGCGAGGGUUGUAGCAGUGACACUGAGGCAGACUCUGUCUUCAGGAUGGCUGAUAACAAGGACACUCUCAGUUACCGCCGGUCGGUAUCCAUCACACCCAAGGCCAGCACCCAGUUUAACCAGUUCCUGCCCACUAAAGACAAGGCCUCAGGCUACGUCCCUGCUCCACUAAGGAAGAAGCGGGCUGAACGCAAUGAGGACAGUCGGCGCAGCUGGGCCAACCCCACAUACGCAGAGGAUGAAGGCACACUCACCAGACAGCGCCAAAUGCGACAGAGUAUCGACGGGAGUAAAUCAACAAGCGACAUCCAAGUUGACCCCGCCAUCAUCCGGCAGGUUCGCUACGAAGAGCUGCAGAAGUAUCGUGAGCAGAUAAAGGACAGCGAUGAUCAGUGGCAGGACGACCUGAGCAAAUGGAAGAACCGACGCAGGAGUGUCAACUCUGAUAUAGUGAAGAAGAAAGAGGAAAGAGAGAAGAUAGAGCAGAUCACAUACGGCAGCGACAGAAGGUCCAAGACCUUCAAGGAGAUGCAAGAGGAGAGAGAAAAUAAAGGAACAAACAGUGUUGGCGGUCGUCUCAAAUCUCUCUCCUACCUGGACGACGAGGAGGACGUAUUUGAGAAACCUGUCAUUUCCCCCCGUACCCGAACCCUUCCUCCCAGGAGCUACACUAUUGACACUCCUUACUACUCCUCUCAAACCCCUGAGCCAUCUCUGAAAGAGGACAAACCCCCCGUUGCUUCCCCAGCUACUGACACGGCCGAUUCCCCUCCCACCUCACAGGAAGCUGACAGGGACAGUCCUGCAGGCAGCGACGCCACGACCAUCAUCACUCCCACCAGCCGCAGCUCUUUCCACAGAUCCCAGUCUCCUGUAGCUGCACCUCCGAUAAAGAGGAAUCCAGUCUCAGAACACACCAGCACAGUCAAGACAGAGGAGACCACAACCAUUGUCUCCUCUUCUAGCUCCAUGCAAAAGGUGCCCGAGCCAAGGCGCCCAUUGUCGGGCACACAGGCUGAGGCCCCUUCCUCUGGUUCUCUUUACAAACAACAACCACAGCUCAGCUCAAUGGAACAGAAGCCUCCCGGGGUGUCUCGGGUUUCUGCCUCCCUCCCCAGGAGCUACCAGAGAUCGGAUAGCGCACGUCUAACCUCAGUUGUCACACCAAGGCCCUUCGGGACCCAGACGUCCCGCCUCACCUCACUUCCCCGAGCCUUUACAAUGGACGACUCUCACAAGCGUCUCAAUGGCGAUGUCAAUGAUUCCAAGAAGUUGUCCGUGCCGAGCCGCUAUCACCAGUUCAUGACCUCUGAGGAUGAGGCUCGCUCUCAGUCCAGCUCGGCCCACAGUAGUGAAGACGAGAAGGAGGAGGAGGAAAAAGGGGAAACCCUAUCGAAGAGCGUCACCUCUACUCAGAGUGUUUCACCUGUCCUUCCUCAGGUCAAGAGUGAAGCCACAGUCAGCCCUGCUCCAGCCAAAGAAACCAGCCAGGAGAACUACUGUGAUAUGCGGAUCAGCCUGAACCAGAAGCCCAACAGCAGCCGAGACUUUGGCUUCCAGGCAGCCUGGGACUCAACUGGAGCUCGUGUCACAUCCAUCCAGCCAGGCACCCAGGCAGAGAUGUGCCAGCUUCAAGUUGGAGAUGAGGUGCUGACGGUGAACAGACAGCAGGUGGCAGAAAUGAGCUACACAGACUGGAAGUCCUGCAUGGAGGAGGCUCUGCAGGAGGGCAGUCUGGUCAUGGAUAUACGUCGUCAUGGCAAGAACAACUGGGACAGAGAUCAACCUUCCCUGCCAUUUAAAAGCCAUAAGACCAUCAAUCUGACCAGUACGGAUCAUCCGAUACUUCUAGGUUCCUCUGACACAAACACUGUCAACUCCAGCCUGGAUUUCACCUCACCCAUUUCCAGAGAAACGCCCCCGUCCAUGUCAGAGGCCCCUGCCCAGCCAGCCAUCGAUGUGGCUUCAAACGGAGUUAAUGGAGGUUUCCGUGAGGAGUCGGUGACCAUGAGGAACAAAGAGUCAGAAACCAUAUCUUUGAAAAACUUAAAACGGAGGUCAGAGUUUUUUGAAAAAGGUGGCUCAGGGUCCAGUGUCAGUGCGCUGGUCUACCUCUGUGGAGGAUCAGAGUCUGCAAUGCCAGAUAUACCUGUUCCUGCAAUCACUCCAUCUUCCAGCCGCUGGUCUUGGGACCCAGAGGAGGAACGCAGAAGACAAGAGAAAUGGCAGAAGGAGCAGGAGCGCCUCCUACAGGAGAAAUACAAGCGCGACCAGGAGAAACUGCAGGAGGAGUGGCUAAAGGCUCAGGAGGAGAUUACCAAGACAGCAGACCCACAAGAGCCCGGGAGCCUGGAGGUGAACAGCCACAGCAUCAGCCCACACUCGCCCCUCUCUCCCGUCAACCAGCCCGCCUCUCCUCCGUGGGAGGAGGAAGAGAGAAAGAGGAAGGAGGAGCAGGAGCGCCAAAGACAGGCGGAGGAGAGAAGGAGGAGGGAAGAGGAGGAGCGGGAGCUGCAGCGUCUCCAGGAGGAGAGGCAGAGGAAAGAAAGGCAGGAGGAGGAGGAGCGGAAGAGGAGGGAGGAGGAAGAGCUGAGAUGGCAGAGGAGGAGAGAGGAGGAGAGGGAGGAGGAGAGGAGGCGGCAGGAAGCCUUCGAGCAGCAGCGCAGAGAGCGAGAGAGAGCCUUCGAGCAGCAGCAGCAGUGGACUGGGGGCUCCCAUGGCUUUGCCAAUGUCCAGCCUCCACUGUCCUUUACAGACAGGAUUAAAUCUAAAUCAUCUCCCCAGCUCGAUGAGGAGGAAAAACCUCAGUGGAAAGGUGUGCAGCCGGGGGGCAUGGCUCACUGGCUGCUGGAAGAGAAGUUGAGGAGUGCGCGUGACAGAGAGGCCCAGAGUCAGAGGGCCACAUCUGAGCUGGAGAUGGAGAGGAGAAACAUCCUCAAUGCCAUGAGAUACAGAGAGCCAGAAAGAGUGACAGGCGGUGGAGUGGGUGAGAAGAAGGGUCAGCAGCCCGCGUCGCAGGCAGAGGCGGAGCGGCAGCAGAUCUUGAACGAGAUGAAGAAGAAGACUCCGCUGCUGACUGACGGCAGCUGGAUCCGCCAGCGUGCCUCCAACCCCGUCAAGGAGAGCGAAGUGCCGCCCAUGCGCAGAGGCGAGUCUCUUGACAACUUGGACGCCUCCAACUCCUGGCGCUCGUCGUGGACACCCAGGAGCAACUCUUAUAUCCAAAACUACACCCGGCCUCAGUCUGCCCUUUCUGGCAGCACUUCCUUUUAUGGUGGUGGGUUGGGGGCCCAGCGGCCCGGCUCCUCCACUCUGCCUUCCUCCUACUCUAUGGGCUCCCUCCGAGGUGGGGCAGGAACCCCCUCGUCACCUUGGUCCCGGCAGUCACCUUCCCCCUCACCCUCCUCUCCUUCACCCACCCCCUCUCCAGAGCCCACGUCUGAGGCAGGCGCCCCUCAGCAGCGGAACAGGUCAGUGAGUGGCAAGAAAAUCUGUACGUUCUGUGACGCCCCGCUGGGAAAGGGAGCAGCCAUGAUCAUCGAGUCCCUUGGGCUCUGUUAUCAUUUGACCUGUUUUAAGUGUAUCGACUGCAAGUCUGACCUCGGAGGAUCGGAAGCCGGGGCUGAAGUCAGAAUACGAAACAAACAGCUCUACUGUAACUCCUGCUACAUGCGAUUCAAAAGUAGCCAGCCAACCGCUAUGUGACAUGACUGUACUCCAGCAGAUUGAUGAAGAAACUACUUGUGACAACAACCCAUGAACAUUAAACUGAACAUUGAAGCCAUUGCAAAUAGAUGGGACACUUGGUUUGGACAUACUUUCAUUUACGACUAAUAAAUUACUCUAAGUUGACUCACUGAUGAGAAUUGUAUUUGUGUGUUUUCAGUGUGUGAUUGAGAGGGUAAGCUUGCAAAGACGUUAUCUACUUUCAUGUGUUUAUUUCAUAUUAAGUAUUAACAGUUGUACAAAGUGUAAGGGUUCUGCAUGCACCAGAGUUUUUAAAUGUUUUAGUCAUGAAACUAGUCAAAACGUUAAAUCAUCUAUAAGAUUAUUGAGGCAAAUCUUUGUAAUGACCUUCACUGAGACAGAUUUAAGAGAUACUGAGAAAGUUUUAAAGGAACCCUACAGGAUCAUCUUCUCUUCAUGCUUCUAUUUCCGCUUGUGGUAUUAACACGUUUUGUCGACCAAGCUGUUCUUAUCAUGUCUAUGUGCCUUUUUUUGCCGUUUGUAACAGGGAGAAGUAAUUAAGAUUGUUAGAAUUCUUUCAAAAUAUAUUUAAAAAUGUCUGCUUGGAUAGCACUUGUCUGCAGUUUUCACUGAUAGAUGGAGGAUUGUACACAUUAGCAGGUUACCGUGUGAAGAAUAUAUACUGAAUGGCAUUAAGGCGAACAGUAACAUUUGUAAAUAAAAUGACUAAAUGCUCAA